UAAUUUAUAUUCAUGUUAUUAUCCUUGUUGAUUAAGUUACAUAUAUUUAUAUGUUCUUUGUAGAAACGAUGCGACAUAAACAAGGCCAAUCGAAGUAAGCUUAAAAUUAAUCAUUUCAUGGGGUCAAAAGCGUUUGUACCGGCUCGUGCUGAACUUGCUGAAAAUGGAGUAGAGCCUGAUAGAAUUGAGUUCUACAAGAGUACUCAUUACUCGACUGAAAAAGGAUGGUCAUCUCUAGAGGCUGAGACAAACUAUAACACCAUGAAAGAUUUGAAAGAUAUAUAUACUUCGGGAGAGCCGGGAGAGCCUUGCAUGACUAUUGAUCAAAUUAUGGAUACUGUACUUGGUACAAAAUCGGGGUACAUAAAAGGUCUCGGUUAUGGUCCGAAACCUGAUACUACCAGAGCCACACAAAGAAGAACAGCAGAGUUAGAAGACUCCCUUAGAAAGACGAAAGAGGAAGCUGCUAGUGCCCAACAUGAUUUACAGAAACGAUUAAAUGCAGCUGAAGUUGUGGUAGAAACCCAGCAGUCCAAGAUAGAAAACCAGCAGUCCCAGAUAGAAACUCAGCAGGCCCAGAUACAAGCAUUAAAUUCUCAACUGGUUACUUUAGCAGCACGCCAAGAGGAAAUGUUUAAAAAAAUGCAACAUUUUGCUAGCUCAUCGCCAUCAAGGUAUUAAAUGUGGGAAUUGAAUCAAGACUGAUUGCAAGCUAAGUGUCACCACAUUAUUAGUAUUUUGGAAGAAACCUGCACUAUCUGUCUUAGUUUAGGAGUAAUAUUUCAUAUAUUUCAGUUGGAUUGGUACUUUGGAAGAAACUGCAUUGUCUAUCUUAGUUUAGCAGUAAUAUUUAGUAUAUUUCAGUUGGAUUUUCUUGUUAGUAGACAUAUUUUACUUUUAUUUAGGAGUUUGUAAUGAGAUAUGAUCUCAGUACAAUUUUAGUUGUUAAUUAUAUGAUCAUGGGUGAAUUGUAUCAUUAUCUGGCAUGUUUUAUUAUUUUGUUUUCAA